CCCUGAUGUUGUUUGCAGAUAUACACUUGUACUUUCUCUUUCUCUCUUUUUUUUUUUCGUCUUUUUUUUUUGCAUGAUUGAGGAUUGGCCUGUUGAUCCACUUAUUGACAUUCACAUAGAAUUACUUCCAGAAUUUGGUUUUACAGUUCAAAACGAACCAGUGUAUGGCCCUGGUUCCGUAUUCCAAGGCAUUGUCCAUCUCAGACUGAAGGAAGUACCAGUAGCUGCAGAUAAAAUCAUUCUUACGUUUAGAGGAGCAGAGAACGCCACGGCUAUUCACAAUGGCUCUUACUUUAUCGUGCCCUUGUUGAAAAACACAUUUUUUGGAAUGCAGCAGAGUCUGUGGCAACGUACAAGAGAUGAUUGUCUCUUGACAGAGUCAGAAUAUCAAUUCCCUUUUACGAUUCAGAUGCCAAUGACCCAAUUUCCACCUUCGCUUGAACAUAAACUCUACCAAUGCAAGUUCAUUCUAACAGCCAAGCUGAUCAGAUCUACAUUCACUCUGCCAACCGUGAUGGCGCAGAAGGAGAUAAACUAUAUGCCGUUCAUUGAAACCAGUUUACUGAAGAAGCCAGUCAUCACGACCAAAAACAACACAAAGCUCUCUGUUAUGGUCAAGCUACAUUCGCUCGAAUACGUGCCUGGUGACACUAUCCCGAUCACUAUCACCUGUUAUUCUUCCCCUGCUUGUAGCCCCUUUUUUCUUCAGUCAAACAAGGCAAAACGUGAUCAGCCGGCUGCUGUAAGCUCUAUACUGGUCGAGCUUUGUGAAACUGUGGGGCUUGUGCAUCGCCAAGCUUUGUCGACUAAGCGCAUUGUAGCAUCACACCUCUAUCAAACGUGUCAAGUUACCGCAGCCUGCAUAGGAUCAGAGUAUUGUGUCCAGCUUGCUCUGCCUAUCCAUUUGACACCAACUAUCAAUUAUUCAAGGAUCAUCAAGAUAUCGUACACGCUUAGCGUCAAAGUAAAAAGCCGUCUUGGUCCAUUUCACAGUUCGACGGCAGGUGUAGAGUUGCCCUUAAAGAUCGGUACAUUGGGUUAUGGCAUACGUGCGUCUCAGGACUUGCAGGUGUGUUAUGUUGAGAGUCCGAGUAAUUCACCUCGGUUUCUCAGAUCGUUACAGUAUGAGGAGGCCUUGCCUUUGUAUGAACCUGUCAGAUUACCUUCUUAUCAAAGUUGACAUCCUGUAUAUUUAAGUUUUCUAUUGUAUUUUUAUACAUACAUACAUAUAUAUAUAUAUA